AUGACGCCACACAAUUUUUUUUCCCGAGUUUCCGUAGUACUCCUGUUCAUUUCCAUCGUUCUCGUGUUCAUUAUCACGUUUCAAAGUCACUGUAGAAUUAAUUCCGUUAUUUGUAACAGAUUGAUCCAUAUAAUUUAUUUACAGGUGUUCAUCGUCUUGAACAUCUUCAGCCUGGCCUUAAUUCUGGUCUACCUCAGCACGUACGUGGAGCGACUCGUUCCAGAGAGAGCAUGUGGAUAUGGGAAGAACCUACUGUCCAAGCAUCUCCAUAAGCUGUUUGGGCAGACAUUCAGGAAAUACCUAGUAUAUCUGUGUGACAAUGGGCCGUGCGGGGAAUGGACGGAUCGCCUACAGGGUAUCGUCAUGUCCUACUUCCUGGCGAAACUCACCAAGCGCAAGUUCGCCAUCAUGUCUACGUCACCGAUCAAGCUGGAUAAGUUGAUGGAGCCGGUUUUAGUCAAUUGGACCUUCGACCGAAGCAAUGUCAUCCACGGCUCAUGCGCUGUUUACGACUUCCUGUCCAACCCUUCCGAGCUGCUCCAAAAACUGGAAAGCGUUGAUCUCGACCAGGAAUUCCCGGAAGAUGUUGUCUACUUUCGUCUGUCAAAGUUCUCCUGGUCGCGAUUGCACACGAACCGAAAGUACCGCGAGCGCGUGGACCACAUUGGUAACGGGACUGCUAAAGCCUUCUAUCAACUCAUCCACGAUAUUCUCCGUCUUAACAAGCGGAUGUUGUAUCAGUUUAUCGUCUACAAGAACCAGUUCAAACCCAAAGCUGUGGAUCGUCUGGUCUGUGCCGUGGUGGAGGGGAUAGAGGGGCCCCUUGGGGAAGCAAACACAAAGGCUCUUUGGGGGUUUCUGGACCAGUACAAGCAUGAGGCUCGCACCAAGGUUGUGGUGUCGUCCACAGACAAUAAGUUGCUGGACCUUGCUAUUGUCCGCUAUACUGACCACUUCAUGUCCAUGCCGGGUGUCCUCAGCAAGUUUGACACUGGGGAGGAACUCCGCUACCGGAUACUAGACAACCUCAGACAGAUUAUCCUCGACUUCUACACCCUUGUGGAGUGUAACACGCUGGUCCUGACGUGUGGUAGCGAUCUAGGCAAGCUCUCCGCCAUCACCCGAUAUGCCCACGCAGAUGUCCACUACCUCCACAGCGGCAAGGUUUGGCCAACAACCGUGGAAACUCUGGGCAGGGAUUUUGAGACCGGAAAGUGUACAGUGAUUUAGGUGUUAGUUUUUCUCACAGUGGACCGCACUUAAAAUCACAAUUCGGGAGUGGUAACGUCACAACAACAGAGCGAGCUCUCUUUGUUGUAUAAUAUAAGAGAUACAGCUUGGGGAGUAAAGCCAGAGCAGCGACGACAGUGUGAUAGUUGGUAAAUGGUCACACGUAUGACAUCGCUUUGCCAAAAUGGAUCUUCAUGCAACCAGUUUAACAUGUGUCAGCAUACAAAAUACUGGAAAAUAACCAAACAUGCCCACAGAAGAUAUUUAACAAAAUCCAAUGGUGACCUCAAACUGAUAAUGUGUGAUUGUAUGAUGGAGGAGAUGCCUCGCCUCGUCCCUUACACCUCGACCUAAAACUUGUAAAUUGUUCCGGAGCAUUGUCUUCUAAAUCGAACGACAGAGGGCGUUUUCAUGGACAUACAUUCUGUUCCUUUAUUUCAAAUUGAAGAGACCAAGCUCACGCGAUGUCCGUGAACAAAUGUCAAAAACUGCUGACUUUCAACAUGCAGCUCUACCCAUCUUCACCAAAAGACGACUUGUUCAGAAAGUAACGAGCCCUGCAACUGUCCAAGAAAAUGGGCAUUACAUUUUGGGCGAGCUAAUGUUGUACAUGUAGGUACCUUUUAGGUGGAAUAUAGUGGUCUAAAACAACUGGAAUAAAAAGCCAGUCGCAGAUAAAUUGUUAAAAUAUUUGAUAAACUGGAGUCAUGAAGUAAAUUAUACUAAUCGUCGUUGUUCCUUGUUUUGGCUCAGGUGAAUUUCCCACAC